AUGUUGUUUCACAAGGUAUUUCUGGCUGCAGCUGCCGUUGCUACAGCCUACGCUGGACCAUGCAAGCCUGUGAGUUCCCGGGCAUCUAUUUCUUCGUCUGCCGUCACCGGCAUUCCGUCUUCGACUGCUUCGGUUGAGGUCUCAUAUACGACACUUACUGCCACUUCUGCGUCUUCUGGUACAGAGGAGGCCACUUCAUCUGUGCCUAUCGGCUCUGAGACCGUUACGUCCGAGGAUUCCACCACUUUGGCUACGUUGCUGUCCAGCUCCGGAUCUGUUUCCGAUGGUCUUUCUACUUCCGAAACUGGCUCUCAAAGCAGUGAUGCUUUGGUCUCAACCAGUGGUUCAGAAACCCUUGGGCUUUCUACAGGUACUGCUGUCACUGGGACCAUGACCUCCGGGGGUACCACGACUGGUACUACUGACGUGGAUCUAACGACUGAGCCGACUACCGCGCCAACUACCGAUGGUACCAUUGAUGCUGCUGCAACUGGUACUACUACGACUGAGCUGUCUGGGCAGGCCACAAUUGACCCUGCUACCGAAUCCUCCGAUCAGCCUACAACUGGUACGACUACGACGCUCCCAACGACCGAAGACACAACUGGAUCUUCCACUCAGCCAACAACCGAUACUACUGAACCCACCAGUGAUGCCACCACUGACCCUUCAACAACUCAGCAUGCCACCACCGAGGGUACAACCACCGAGUCUACAACCUCUGCCCCGACGUCUACAUCUGAGUUCUGUUAUGAAAAUGCAGAUGUCAUCUCAAUGCUGGCCUUUGACCCAGUUGCCUCUCCCUUCUGUGUCAGCUACCUUUCCAUGACCACGCAUACAAUCACUGAGUAUGCAACAACUGAUCCCACAAACGUGUACCAAGUCGAUGUCGCCACCAUCACCGCCGACGCUCUCACGCACAUCGAGACUAACUACGACGGUGUAACUGCAAUCUUGACAGAGUUCAAGACCAAUACCGAGUGGUCAGAGGCUACGGUUACGUCGACACGAUCGGUCGAAACAAUUACAUGCCUUGACACCGCAUACUCCUACGUUUCCCCUGUUCCUACCAUCGACCGAGGCAGUCCGCAUCCAGAGAAGCGCGGCCAGGACGAGAUUGAGGUCCCUGAGGCGAUACCUUCUGACUGGACUGAGGCUCAAACCUCUGAUAUCUGCUCCUGUCUUGAUCUUGAGGAACCUACGACCCAUACGACCAUCACUCAGACAGUUGAGCCUACAACGUUCAUCACGGCUUCUACAGAUGUUGUUACUCCCAUCGAAGAAUAUACCAAGAUCAUCACGACUACAUCAAUCAGUGUCUUUACCUCAACUGUAACUGAGAAGAAGACCUCGACUGUCACUGCCUGGGUCGUCGAGACAACCUUUGCUGAUAACAACGACAUUGCCUACCGACGAUUCAACUGCCCUUUCAACGCCAAUGUCUACGACGAUGGUUUCACAACCAAUUACUUCAAAGGCAAAAACCCUUUGUCGUCGGGCUACACGGACACCUUCCAAUUCGGCACCUGCAACACUCUCACCCUCCCCGGCAGUGGAACUUUCGAUCCCUCUCAGGCAGCACUCCUCUUCAACGCGUAUUUCUACGCCAAAGAAACAGGAACAUAUACGUUCUCUGUUCCUGAUACCAUUGAUAACUGGGGUUAUCUCUGGGUCAAGGAUGCAGCGUAUACGUGGAGUUAUGGUGCCUGGGCUAUCCAGGGGACGCGAACGGGACAGAACUCUGCGUUGUGGAAGGGAGGUUCGUACCAGAUUCAGUUGAAGAAGGGUGAUGCUAUUCCGUUUACGUAUCUUUGGGCGAAUGGAGGUGGUUGUGCUGGAAAUGAUUUGAGUGUGAGGACGCCGAGUGGGAAGUCUAUUCCUGGCAUGGCUGGGUCGACUGUCAAGGCUUGCCAUCUGAACAAGUUUACUUAG